UAUUUACGCCAGUCUGACUCAGAACGGAGAAAACAGGCGGAGUCGAUAAGACAUGGAUGCAGGUCAUUAGAUGAUAUCUGGUUGUAUCUAUAAUAGCAAACUUUGCAGUCAUGUUCUGGAACCGAGGCAGCAGAAAUCUCCCACCCAGGGAGCCGGGACUACCCUUUGUAGGAAACGUGGACAUAAAGGCGGAACCUUCGUACUUUAUCGAACUGCAGAAGAAACAUGGUGAUUUGUUCACACUGACGAUAUUUGGUCAAACGAUCAUCGUGGUUUGUGGUCAUGACAAAAUCAAAGAAGUGAUGAUCAAGAAUGGAGAAAUCACAUCCGGCCACCCCGUGUUUUUCGGAUAUACGGAGUAUUUUGAACUUUCAGGUGUAAUUGGAGCGUCUGGAUCUAUUUGGAGAAAUCAGAGAAAAUUCUGGCAUGAUGCAUUACAAGCUAUCGAUUCCGGAUGUAAUAAUCUUGAAUCCCGCGUUUUAGGGGAAGUGGCAGAUUUCCUCCAUGAGGUAGAAAAAAUGGAGGGGAAACCGUUCGAUGUAAGCAGACUGAUAAAAACAAGCCAUUACAACAUAAUAUCGUCUCUUCUCUUCGGAGAAAGAUUUGCUCACAGUGAUGCCAAUCUUACUCGAAUUGUGGAUUUAGUAGACGAAGAUAUGACCAUCACCUUCUCUAAGCAAUUGAUUCUAGGCUUCGUGGAAUGGCUGAAGUAUCUUCCUGGAGAUCGUUUUAAGGUCAGACGAAGACGAUUCCUUGUAGACGAAAUCUUCAAAAUCGUUCAGAAAUCAGUGGAUGAGCACAAAGAAACGUUGGAAAACGCCAAGAGCGAAGAUUUCAUCUACAGUUUCUUGAACGAACAAAAAAGUAGAAAAUUGAACAAUGAAGAUCUGAAAGGCUUUGGAGAUAGAGACCUCCUUAUAAUGGGCUAUGUACUGUAUUUUACUAGUGCAACAGCAGUUCAUGAAUUAUAUUGGUACAUAUUGUUCCUCAUACACAACCCAGAUGUGGUGGUAAGCAUGCGCAGAGAAAUACAGGAAAAUGUUGGAUCGAAGAAAUCCGUGACUAUGGCCGACCAAGCCAAGCUUCCUUACUGCCGGGCCGUGAUGUAUGAAGUCCUACGUGCGUCUGCCACUGUCUUCGUUACUCCUACACAUACAUUGUCAGAAGAGAUCGAAGUCAAAGGUUUCACGCUGCCAAAAGAUGCUUGGUUGAUGCCAGUAUUAGGCACGAUCAACCUGGACCCGGUUAUUUUUCCCGAGCCCGAGAAAUUUAAACCAGAGCGAUUUCUGAAUGAGAAUGGGGAACUGGCUGGUUAUGAGAAGGUGUACGCUUCAUUUUCUCUAGGCCCGAGAGAUUGUUUGGCCAAGAACCUUGGUAAAAUGGAAAUGUUUCUUUUCCUUACAACACUGGUGCAGAACUAUGAUAUUGAAAACGAGGCCGGGAAACCUCUGCCUUCUCUGGAUGGAAUGUCAAGUGGAUUUCGUACUGCCAUUCCCUACGAAGUUUGUUUGAAAAAAAGAAAAUAAAUGAACGGGCGAUAAAAGCCAUACAUCAUACA